AUACCCCUAAAAUAAUUUGGGUUGGGUGAACGGAAAUUAUCUGUCUCUCCCGUCAAAGUACCAGAUCUGCCUAUCUCCCUCAAAUCCCUAAUUCCAUUCUCCAUCGUAAAGUCCGGCGGCAACAACACCGCCGUGACCGCCUCCACUUCAGCCCCUUCUCUCUCCCUUUCAGACGCCCUGCUACAACUACCAGCCACCGGCUUCUACUACUUCUUUUCCUUUCUUCCCGGCGACCUCUUCGCCUUUCAACCACCACGUGCCGUCACAGCAGCUCGCCGCCACUGCCUCCAUCGGCCGCGCCUCCUCCUCAUCUCGACCAAGCGGCCAGCAUCCAAAGUAACGGCUCCUCCCCGCCGCUAUCUCUCCUCCGUCAAAUCAACCUUCCCGUCAUAAAAUCAUUAUCCAACCCUUCCCUGAACUCACAACAAGACUGUUACACAGUGACAUUUCUGUUAGUCAGACAACUGUUCCAUAGUAACUCCAAUUCAUAAAAAACCAUGGAAUUAUAUUACUGAUUAACCUAGAGAAGAGGUAGUCUAACUUUCUUCGGAAGAAUGACAUGUCGCUAUAAAACUCUACUGUCUCUUUAAGUGUGAUAAAACAAACAUCUAUAUUGCACCCUUGAUCUACUUAAUAAAGUUUUUAUAUCAGUGGAAUGCUUCUACAAUAUUCAUCUAUGCCUCCAAUUAUCUUAAGAGUGAGCUCAAAUGUCACUAGUUGCCCUGCUGAAUGGUUUUGCAUCUAGCAUAUAUACCAUAUUGUAAGCAUAAGGUGCAACCUCAGACAUAAUGUUGUGUUUAUAUAGCUUUAUUACAGGCUUGGACUGGCAAGAUAAGCCUCUAUCCUGCUUGUGGUAAAAAUUUCUGUGACAUGAACUCCGCUGAAAUGAGAAAGAGGGCAAGUAGGGAAGCAGAUAUCAAGGAAACACAAAUCAGAUUUGAGAAUGCUUGUCGGGCUAUGAGUGCUAUUGGGAUUAAGAAAGAGAAGGUGAAGCAAGUACUGAAGACUCUAUUGAAAUUGUAUGACAAAAAUUGGGCACUUAUUGAAGAGGGAAAUUAUAGAGCCCUUGCUGAUGCUAUACUUGAUAGAGAUGAGGAAGAAGUGGAGGAGCAACCAAGAAAGAAUGUUGAUAAUGAAGCACAAGACCAUUUGGAGAAAGAAGCUCAGAAAUCUGAAGAGCUUGAACGGCCUUGGAAAAUGUUGAAACGGGAAUAUCUAGAUGGUCAAACUUCCUCCUUAAAUACGUCUAUUACCAGCACGCCUCCAACUCCACCUAUUCGUUUUAAAGAAGAACCAGAUGAACUAUCUGAAACGCACUGCAUUAAACUGAGUGGUACACGAGGUAUGGAGGAGUGUCUCCGAAAAAAUGCCGAAAUAACAAUGACGACGCCACAGGUUGUCAUGUCCCAGUUGCUUGGUGAAAGUAAAGGAAAGCAACCUAGUUCUUCAAAUUCUUUGGUUCAUGAGAAUGGUGAUCCUAGCAAUCCCAGUAGCAUCAACAAAAGUCAGCAAAUUGUCCGACUAACAAAUUCUCCUAGAUUACCUUCUCAUCGAAUGAGACUGAGAGAGAGAGAUACAAGAUCUGCAUCUCUUCAAACUCCAACCAAGGUUAAGAGGCCAGUCCCUAAGAGUUCAUCCCAUGCCAGACAAAGUGAGGAGCCUAAUGUUGAGCCAGACACCGUGUUGUUACCUAAGAACAUAACUGGAAGUCAUGCUUUCUUUAAGACUAAAGAUGAGCCAAUCACUGGUGAUAUGCCUUGUUCGAAGGUCCUCGUUAAUAUGUUUCAUAUAGAUACAUCUCAUGGAGGAAAUUCUAUGACUAGCAGUAUGCUUAGAGGAGAUUGUACUCCGGAACCGACAACACUUCAAUCUGUCAGGGAAAAAAAUACAGCUGAUGUUACUUUUUUGUAUGAAGCAAUAAACAAUGGCGAGUUGAAAACUAGCAGAGGUGAAUGCUCUUCUACAUUGGAGAUUGCUUCCUCACCUUCUGGAGAGGUGAAACUCUCUUUGAGCUAUAAGUUGGCUCCCGGAAGGCCUGACUUCCAUAUGCCUAGUCCUGAGGCUGUUUUAAAAUCUGUUGAGGAUAAGUGUAUAAGAUCACCAAAAGGCCCAAACACUUCAAUGAUGGCUCUUAUGAAAGAAAUGUGUGAAUGCUUUCUGGAGUUGGGAACAUAUUCUAAUAGGCAAUCAGUAAUUGUUGAUGCGACUAAAUCAUCUGCAGCUGGUGUUAGAGGUGCAAAGGCCUCGGGCAUCAGUUCUCUGAACGGAUUGGCUGAUUCUCGAUCUGGUGACAAGGUCCCUCAUCCAAAAGCUAAGGUACUUUCUCCACCUUUAAAUGGCAGGAAUGGUGGACCACAACUGAACAAGUUGGAUGCCGAAGAUAAAAUUGUGAUAAAUAGAGAAAACCAAGUAAAUUGUGCUGAAGAAAUGGAUGGUCUGAGCUUGGUGGCUGUUCAGCAACGCCAUCUGACUUGUCAGAUUACCAGAUCAAUCCAUGAUGUUGUUGACAUUGCCAAGGGACAAGAAAAGUUUGCUAUUACAGUGGUGAAUGAAGUCAAUGAUGAACAUCCGCCGUCUUUCUGCUACAUUCGCCAAAGUGCAAUAUACCAAAAUGCAUAUGCAAAUUUCUCUUUGGCUCGUAUUGGAGACCAUAGUUGCUGUUCUACUUGUUCCGGGGAUUGUCUGUCCUUAUCCAUACCUUGUGCAUGCUCACAUGAAAGUGGAGGGGAGUUUGCUUACACUGCAGAUGGCCUUGUCAAAGAAGAACUUCUUAAUGAGUGUAUUUCCAUGAAUCGUGAUCCAAAGAAACAUUGUCAGUUUUUCUGUAAAGAAUGUCCACUGGAACGAUCAAAAUGUGAGGAUAUUAUUGAACCUUGCAAAGGGCAUUUAUUGAGGAAUUUUGUAAAAGAAUGUUGGAUAAAAUGUGGCUGUAAUGUUCAGUGUGGAAAUAGGGUAGUGCAGAGAGGAAUUAGCCGCAAAUUACAGGUGUUUAUGACUCCCGAAGGAAAAGGCUGGGGUUUACGUACACUGGAGGACCUGCCAAAGGGUGCCUUUGUUUGUGAAUAUGUUGGAGAAGUUUUAACGAAUGCGGAGCUCUUUGAACGUGUUUUGAGGAGCCGUGCAGGAGAGAAACAUUCUUAUCCAGUUCUUCUUGAUGCUGAUUGGUGUGCAGAAGGAGUGCUAAAAGAUGAAGAAGCGCUUUGCUUAGAUGCUACAUAUUAUGGAAAUGUAGCAAGGUUUAUUAAUCACAAGUGUUAUGACUCAAACUUAGUGGAGAUACCUGUUGAAGUGGAGACUCCCGAUCAUCACUAUUAUCAUCUUGCCUUCUUCACCAGUAGAAAAGUAAAAGCCAUGGAAGAACUCACUUGGGAUUAUGGCAUUGACUUUGAUGACCAUGAGCACCCUAUUAAGGCGUUCCGUUGUCAAUGUGGUAGCAAAUUCUGCCGCAACAUAAAGCGUUCUAGAUCUAGAGCGGGUAGGAGAUGACCAGAGUGGCUGUUGUACAUUACUUCCAAAUUUACCCCUUAUCGACUGAAUGACAUAGUUUGGGUUCUGCAAUUUUUCGGUAGACCUUGACCCAGCUAAACUUUGAUUGAUUGUCCAGGUAAUUUGAGUUGUUUUUCAUUUUUCAUUAUUUGUCAUUAUAAUCAUGUUGUAGGUGUUUAGUGUAUGAGGAAUUGAGAUGUCGCGUAAACAAUUUGUCCGAGUAAAUGUGAAGCAUUGAUCGCAGAAAAUGGUCUGAGCACCAUGAUGCAUCUGGUUCGUGGCUAGUGUUUGUAAUACAACGUAAAACCUCAUGUUUUCUUUCUUUGUUUUUCUCUUUUUUCAUUUCCAUGAAGAGCUAACUUAGUGGCUUUGUUGUAAGUUUUUCAUUCAUUACCAUUGGGAAACAAAUGAUUAUGGAAUCCUAUCAUCUUACGAUAAGUUGAUA